GGCUGCGGAGCUUGCUAUGCGUUUUCAGCAGCUGGGGCGUACGAAAUACUUCUUUCAAAGUCGGGAACAGUUAUGAAGCUGUCAGAACAACAACUUAUAGACUGCACAGAGGCGCCAAACCAAAAAUGUAAUGGUGGAUACCUACCGCCGGCUUUUGAUGUAAUGAUAAAGCCGGGUUUGCAACUUGCAAAAGACUAUCCGUACCUGGCUAAGAAUGGAACUUGCAAGAAAAACAUCAAACCAGCAGUCAAGCUCAAAGACUACAUCGAUGUCUCUGACAAGAUGGAUGCCGCUCUUCCAACCAGCCCACUUGCCGUUUGUAUGACGGUAGUAUGGGAAGUAAUGUUCUACAUAGGCGGUGUUCUGGCUCCAAAAACGUGUCCUAACGAUUGGUACAAGUUAAAUCACGAUGUUGUUUGCAUUGGAAUGUGCGGCG